CAAACCAGUCAAACAUUCGUUUUUGGUCUUGCAGCCUGGAUCGUGAAGGUUUUGAAAACAUUUACUAAAAUUUACAAUGUCUCCAUGGACUGGUCGAGCCGUAAUGAGAAUGAAGAUGCCUAUGGGCGGUAGUAAUCUUCCUCUAGCUGGAACUUGUAAAGUUGAAGGAAAGGCUCUCUCCAUGAAAUUUACCUUUACAACUAUUGGAUUUGAACUUCCUAAAGACCCAAGUGUUGAUAAAGUGGAUUUUGAUUGCAAGGUAAAAGGAUCUUGGGGAGAAAUGACGCUUAGCGUUGUUUACAAUAAAGGUUUAGAUUGUUUCCACGGUAAAGCCGUUCAAGAGGGAGAAGAGGAGCCGGGUUUAAGCUUUUGCUUCUGGUCAGAAGACAGCCCCUUGUCUACAAUCCCUUGCCUUUAAGAGCAAUUCUGCAAAAUCUCCAAUUUUAAUUAGUUCUUCUUCUAGUUUGCUUCUACUAUUAUAAACAUGCGGUGCCUUUAAAAAAUUAUUUAACUUUCAAUUGAAGCCACAGGCCUAUUUGCUUAAUAUGACAGAAAUUGGAUUUAAAAUAUACAUAUAUCUAAAGUUUGCAAAUACAUCUCUGUAUGUCUUUAUGUAUGAAAUAUAUAGCAUAAGCACAUACUGUAUAUUACUGCUCUAUCAUGUCUAUUAUGAUUUUAAAUUAUCUUGUAUAGGCGUCUAUCAGCUGCAAUAUUUUCCAGUCAUAUUGAUUGGUAUAACAAAUAUAUGUCGCUGCAGUGUUUGAACAAUUAAAAGCACAAACUUUUCCGAGGACCUUUACUACGAUAAGUGAAAAAAAAAGAAUAAAACAUAAGAGAUUAAAGAAAGGUAUUUUUCUUAUUGAUUAACAUCGUUCGGCUAUGAAAAUAUUGUAAAGGUUUAAAAUUCAAACUUAUCACAUUAAGAACACUUUUGAUAUAAUAUACUCUACUUGAAAAGGUUUUACAAAUACUGUUCCAUACUAUUCAUUUUAUCUGUCAUUCCUUCGUUUCGUCUCUCUCUCACUCACUCACUCUCUCUCUCUCUCUCUCUUUCUGUCUCUUUCUUUCUUGAUUACUCGGCUCUUACAUUUAAGAUAGAUCGUUCUUGAAAAGGAUAGGCGUGUCCAAAGAAAGAAAAAGGAAAGAGAAUAUUGAAGGAAGAAAUAAACGAAGAAUAGAAUUCAUUUGUAUUUUAUUUUAAAUUAUAGAUCUCAGCUAUUAAUUUUUUAUGACUAACAAACUAGAGAUGGCACCACCUUCUGUAGCAAGUUUUGUGUUAUUUCAAAUUACGAUCGCUAAUAUUUGAAUAGUGGAAAAAAAGUACGAAGAAACUAAAGGUUAAAGUUGAUCAAGUGCUUAUGUAGUCCUUAUCAAGUACAUCAAUAGACACUCAUACGGUUCGAUAAUCCUAUAGAUUUCUUAAUUUAUAUAAUAUAUUUAGGCAAUAACAAUAGCAAAUAAAAUGAAAUUUUAGAAGAGAAAAAGAAGGAAAAGCUAAUCUUCAAUCCAAAAUAUAGC